CCCUCUCCCCCUCCCCUCCUCCCCUUCCGAUGGAGAGCGGCGCGGGCAGCCGCGCGCUCCAGCCGGGCUAAGCGGGUGGGGGGGCACUUCUCCGUUCGAUGCCGAAUCCCCCACGAUGGUGAAGUAUGAACGUGCCACACCAUGAAGCUCUUGUGGCAGGCAACUGUGCACCACGCCUGGAAUGCCGCCCCGCUUGCCGUAGUCUACCUCGUGGCGCAAACGUGGCUGGCGUGCGCAGUGGCGGCCGUGGCUGGGCCGCAGAGCUGCCCCUCGGUGUGCUCCUGCAGUAACCAGUUCAGCAAGGUGGUGUGCACGCGGCGAGGCCUCUCCGAGGUGCCCCAGGGCAUCCCCUCCAACACGCGCUACCUGAACCUCAUGGAGAACAACAUCAAGAUGAUUCAGGCCGACACCUUCCGGCACCUGCACCACCUGGAGGUGCUGCAGCUGGGGAGGAACGCCAUCCGCCAGGUGGAGGUGGGGGCCUUCAACGGCCUGGCCAGCCUCAACACCCUGGAGCUCUUCGACAACUGGCUGACGGUGGUGCCCAGCGGGGCCUUUGAGUACCUCUCCAAGCUGCGCGAGCUGUGGCUGCGCAACAACCCCAUCGAGAGCAUCUCCUCCUACGCCUUCAACCGCGUCCCCUCCCUCAUGCGCCUGGACCUGGGCGAGCUCAAGAAGCUCAAGUACAUCUCCGAGGGGGCUUUCGAGGGAUUGUACAACUUGAAGUACCUGAACCUGGGGAUGUGCAACAUUAAGGAUAUGCCCAACCUCACCCCGCUGGUGGGCCUGGAGGAGCUGGAGAUGUCGGGGAACAACUUCCCCGCCAUCCAGCCGGGCUCCUUCUACGGCUUGAUCGCUCAAAAGCUGUGGAUUAUGAGCUCCCAGAUCAGCCUGAUUGAGCGGAACGCCUUCGACGACCUCACGGCGCUGGUGGAGCUCAACCUGGCCCACAACAACCUCUCCUCUCUGCCCCACGACCUUUUUGCCCCGCUGAGGUACCUGGUGGAGUUGCACUUGCACCACAACCCCUGGAGUUGCGACUGCGACAUCCUGUGGCUUUCCUGGUGGCUGCGGGAGUACAUCCCCACCAACUCCACCUGUUGCGGGCGCUGCCAUGCGCCCAUGCACAUGCGCGGGAAGUUCCUGGUGGAGGUGGACCAGACGGCUUUCCAGUGCCGGACCCCCUUCAUCAUGGAUGCCCCCCGGGAUCUAAACAUCUCCGAAGGGAGGGUGGCCGAGCUCAAGUGCCGCACGCCUUCCAUGUCCUCCGUGAGGUGGUUGCUGCCCAACGGGACCGUGCUGAGCCACGCGUCCAACCACCCCAGGAUCUCCGUCCUCAACGACGGCACCUUGAACUUCUCCCAGGUUUUCCUGACGGACACGGGGGUCUACACUUGCAUGGUCACCAACGUGGCGGGGAACUCCAACGCCUCGGCCUACCUCAACGUGAGCACGGCCGAGCUCAACACUUCCAACUACAGCUUCUUCACCACCGUGACGGUGGAGACCACAGAGACUUCGCCCGAGAACAUCUUCCCCAAGUUCACCAAGCCGGUGCCGACCACGUCCACGGGCUACCAGCCGGCCUACACCACCACCACCACUGUGCUCAUCCAGACCACCAAGGCGCCCAAGACGGACCCCGCCUCGGACAACCACAACGACGAUGCGACCAGCCUGGACGAGGUGAUGAGAACCACCAAGAUCAUCAUUGGCUGCUUUGUGGCCGUGACGCUGCUGGCGGCGGCCAUGUUGAUUGUCUUUUACAAACUUCGCAAAAGGCACCAGCAGCGCAGCACCGUGGCAGCCGCCAGGACUGUGGAAAUUAUACAGGUGGACGAGGACAUGCCGGCCUCCUCGGCCUCGGCGGCGGCAGCUGCCCCCACUGCUACGUCGGGGGUAUCAGGUGAGGGGGCAGUUGUACUGCCGGCUAUUCAUGACCACAUUAACUACAACACUUACAAACCUUCACACGGCCCACUGGACAGAAACUGCUUGGGGAACUCUCUCCACCCCACGGUCACUACUAUUGCCGAACCUUAUAUAAUUCAGACCCACCCCAAGGAGAAAGUGCAGGAAACGCAAAUCUGACUCCUCCCCCCUCCUCAAGAAAUUAUUAAAAAAACAAAUGCAAUAGAAUGCACAAACAGAAACAGACGUCAACUUUGUACAGAGAGGUGGGGGUGGGGGCAGUUUUUUCCCUCCUCUUGUAUAUGCUUAUAUAUUAAGUCUAUGGGCUGAGAUAAGAGAAGCAGAUUAUAU